CCUACAGUGCCAACUAGCGGUGUGUUAGAGACAGAUGUUAGCUUGCAGUGAUGAACUAUUUCCGUUAUGCGCUACAGCUCCAUGUUAGAUAGCUAGCACAGCAAGUCUGCCUACUGUAUGCACAGUUAGCGCGCUUAUUAUAGAAAUAUUCACUCUCUGGUCUUUCUUUUCAUAAGAUGUUUUCAUUAGGCCAACGAACCGAGAUUAAGGCAUUAAACAUAACACACUGCCAAUAAACAAGUAAACAGUAAAUACAAACAGUCACCGAGUCUACCGGCUACAACGUGCUUUAAAGCCGAACUCUUCUUUCAAAACUUCCGGGUCUAGUGAGCUUCAUGAAGCCCCCCACAGUUCCUGAAGAAUAUAUAUCAAGGGAGUUGUUUGAUACAGUGCAAGUGUACAUUAUCACCAAACCUGAGCUACAGAAUAAGCUCAUUACAGUGACUGCAAUGGAUAAGAAGCUAAUUGGAUGUCCAGUGUGCAUAGAGCAUAAAAAAUACAGUCGCAACGCCUUACUCUUCAACUUAGGUCUUGUGUGUGAUGCUCAGACGAAGACAUGUGCCCUUGAGCCCAUAGUGAAGAAACUUUCACAAUACCUUACAACUCUGGAGCUGGAGAGUGGCUUUAUUUCAAAUGAGGAGAGUAAACAGAAGCUGUUGCCCAUCAUGUCUACAUUACUUGAGGAGCUCAACGCAACAGGAGCCUGUACUCUUCCUAUUGAUGAGUCAAAUACAAUUCACCUGAAGCUGAUUGAGCAGAGGAAAGAUCCCAUCAUUGUUCAGGAGUAUGAUGUUCCAGUCUUCACUCAAACUAAGGAACGCUAUAUUAAGUCACAGUGGGAUCUCACCACACAGCAGAUUCUGCCCUACAUCGAUGGAUAUCGACACAUACAGAAGAUUUCUGCUGAGGCUGAUGUUGAGUUGAACUUAGUACGAAUCGCCAUUCAGAACUUACUGUAUUAUGGAGUUGUAACACUAGUGUCAAUAUUUCAGUAUUCUAAUGUUUACUGCCCAACACCUAAAGUCCAGAGCCUGAUAGAUGACAAAGCUGUUCAGGAAGAAUGUCUGCAUUAUGUCAGUAAACCUGGACAGCGAGUGAGCCUCCGAGAUGUUUUCCAGCUUUAUUGUGGUUUGACUCCAGGAACUACAGUGCGUGACCUGUGUUCCCGCUAUGCUCAGCAACUACAAAGGGUAGAUGAGAGAAAGCUGAUCCAGUUUGGUUUAAUGAAGGGCCUGAUUCGCCGGUUGCAGAAAUAUCCUGUUAAAGUUGUUCGAGAUGAGAGGAGUCGUCCUCCAAAACUUUAUACUGGUUGCCACAGUUAUGAUGAGAUCUGCUGCAAAACUGGAAUGAGUUACAAGGAGCUGGAUGAGCGAUUAGAAAAUGACCCCAAUAUUAUCAUCUGCUGGAAGUGAUGUCAUAUUAAAUAUGGAUUUGUGGAUUCAUUUAUCUGAUGAGGUAGACCAGCAUAUGCAGUUGAGCUGUAAGGCAGUCAGUGGGACCACAGCCUGAGACGCAUAAGCAAGUGUGUCAAGUGGCCCAUCCUCGCCCACGGCCUGACCCAAAAACCAAGGACAUACACAGUCAGCUCCAGAAUUAUUGGCACCCUUGGAAAAGAUGGGUAAAAAAGGUUAUGGGGGAAAAAUGUAUUUGUCAUUAAUUAGCUUAAUCUCGCACCGAAAUAUGAGAGAAAUCUAAUCUUUAAUAUAAACAGUGUUUAACAAAACCACAACUAUUGGUAACCAUAGAACUCAUUUUUAAAGUUUACUCGAGUGUUUAGGAGCUAAAUUUUUAACUGUUUCUCUAGAAACUUACUGUACCUUGCUUAACUUUUACUAUAUCUACAAUAAGUAGAUAUUGUAGUUGCUCUCUGGAUUCUUAUAUAUACAUUCCUAUCUUUCCAUUUUCUUUAUUCCACCUUCUUGAUAGGAAAUUGUUGCUCUCAUUUCUAACCUUGCUGUUCAGCACAGAAACUGAAGUUUUGGUCUCCCGUAGGAUCUAGAAACUGAGAUUGCAAAACAUUCAUCCUGUGACCAGUUUUCUGACUUUUUAAGGUUUGAUUUACAUGCAUGUGUGAAGCCAUUAACUUGAAUUUUCUGGAAAAGGCAACCUGGUUUUGGGCUAAAAUAUUCUGGUACUUAGAAUGAAGAAUAUAUGAUAUCAUAUGUUUUUAUAAGUGCUGAAAUGCGCAGUUGUAUUUCAGCACUUGCGUGUACAAAAAAGUCUACAAAUGUGUGGAAAUAUGUUAAAUAAAUAUGUUUGGACAACAUAUUAGCGGUUGUAAAUGAAAUUUUUUUAAAUGGGUAAGUUGAUUUUGCUCAAGUUAUUUUCAACCGGUAACAGUAAAAUUAUGGACAUUUAACUAGGUCUGGGCUGAUCUCUUUAAAACCUGAUCCUAAUACUGUGUACAGAUAUUGAUAUGGUGUGUUUUAAUCAAACAUGAUGUGAAGCAUAAAAUGUAGGAUGUACUAAUGA